AAAUCAUAGGUCUUAUCAACCUAGGUUUGCUAGGAGGAAACAGGAAAUAACACCUCCUGCACGUAGGAAGUUUUAUGCCUACAACUAUGAUUACAAUCCCAACAAGUUUAGAGCUGCAAGGAAGAUUCCCUGCAACUUCAAACUUGAUGUAGGGACACACACCAUUAACUACUCCGGACCCAAACUUAAUUGGGUACCAAAAUCUUCCUCCUCUUAAUGCAAGAAGCCACUAAGUACUCAGGUGUCUGGUACUUAGACAGUGGCUGUUCAAGACACAUGACGGGUGAUAUGAGCCUUUUGAGCAAUCUAAUUCCCUAUGAUGGUCCAAGAGUUACCUUUGGAGGAAGCAAUGAUUUUGGCCUUACUAAAGGGCUAGGAAAUCUGGUGUACAAGGGACUAACUAUCCAAGCUGUAUCUUAUGUUGAAGGUCUCAAUUACAACCUUCUUAGCAUAAGUCAGUUUUGUGAUAAAGGUUACUCCUUGGAAUUCUGCAAGGACAUGGCAUCUCUCAAGAACAUUUCCACAAAUGAAGUCAUUCUCACUGGGAAGAGAAUUAGAAACAUCUAUGAAGUAAUAUGGAGUGAUGUCAAGGAAGCAUGUCUAAUCAGCAAAGACAAGGAUGAAGAAGUCAAUAAAGAAGAUAGAAUGAAGCCCACGGAAUUCAUUCCAUUCAGAAGUCUGCCUCUGAAGAUUUCACAGAGAAAUCCGGAUUCAGACGGUGCUGAGCCCUCCGGAAAUUUUGGCCAGCCUUCCAAUAUUCCGGAUAUCUCAAACGGCGACAAUUCCGGAAAUGGCGACCCAGUGCCAAUCCAUCCGGAAACACCAACAACUUCUGUUCUUCAACCAGAAGCUGAACUAGAUCAACCAGUCAAUCCCAAUCAACACAAUCUUCGUUGCCUUCCAACCUCAUCUCAGCCUCAUACAGAUGAUGCUGACAACAAAUUCUGGCAGCUCUACUAUAAUUGGAGAGCUUGGAAAGUUGGAAAUUCAGAAGAGCAACUGUUGGAUUGGGACCAACAGCUGAAGAAUGAAAAGAUUAUCAAGAAAUGCCUAGGACUACCAGUCAACCACUGCUGUGAAGACAUCUUGGAUGACUACUGGGUAUGGCAAAGGAACAAUGAGGAUCUGCAUCUGGAACACUUGGCCACUACACCAGUUUCAGACUUUGAAGCAGACGAUGAAGAUACUGCAGUCUACAAGCCAGUCUUCUCAAAAGCCACAGAAGAUCAAAUGGCUCCCACUUCUGAAGAAAUAGCUGUUUUGGAAACAACAGCUAAGGAUUUCCCUAUCUUUCCGGAAACCUCACCUGCAUUUGAAAUGGUUCUGACUGAAACUGUUCAAGAGAAGGCAGCCUCUCCCCCACAAGAGCAGAACCAGGAAGCAACUGAAGAAGAAGAAUUUCAGCGACUGAUCCAAUCUCAAGUGCUCGAGAUCCUCACAACUCUUUGUGAGAUCUCCAAUAAGACACAACUUGAGAUUCUGGAAAAGUCAGCAGAAAUUCCGGAACAGUCAGCUAUUCCAGAAAUUAUGGAGAAAGAAGUAGAAGUCCAAAGGCACUCUGGAAAAGCUGAGAAGGAAUCUCAGAUGGCAGAAGAGGAGGUCUCUCAAACUCCAAUAGCCAUUUUUGAAGAACCAAAUGAAGCUGUAGAUAGUGACUCCCUCUCCAGAUACAUAUCAAAUUUUGAACUUGAUAAUGCAGAAGGAGAAUCUGAGAGGACACUAAAGAUCACUGAUGAAGAAGAUGUGCAAGAACAUGCUGAAUCUCUUCCUUUGCAACUCUUUCAAAGGACAUCAUCUCCUCAUCAGGUAACACAUUUUCACUUCCAUAGCUCUUCCACUCCUACUCUUCCGGAUGAAAUACCGGAAACCUGGACAAAGAAGGUACAAGGGCUGAUUGAGUCAGCCCUAGCAUCUCAACAUGCCUCCUUUAGGCGAGAGAUAGAGCUAAUGGAAGCCAAACACACUGAGCUGAUAAAGAAAUCUGAAGAGAAACACAGCGCUAAUCUCAAGGAGAUAAGUAAAUCAGUAAAAAAGACUCUAGAGAUCAUCUCUCUACUGAGUAAAACUGUAGUAACCAAAGACUACUUGAAGGUGAUCAUUGACAAUCAAAAGGAAGCAUACAAGCUGUUCAGACUUAUUGGUGCACAUUCUGGGAACCGCAAGAUGGAAGUAAUUCUCCAACAACACAGUCCAUCUCCAAUACCACAGCUCCCUAUUGCAGUCAACGAAGGAGAAGCAUCUUAUGUCCCUUCUCAUCUGCACAUGACUAAUCUGAUCCUUGAAGCACAGCAAAUAAAUCCGGAAAACUCAGCACAUCACUUAUCCAGCUCAGGACUGGAUGGAACAGAAUUUAUAGGUGCAGUUGCUGACCACUUCUCAGAUGCUACUCAAACAGAGGAAAGGCGUGAAAACUUAAGGCGCAUCAAAGAAGUGUGUGGGAACAUGCAGGCCAUCAGUGAAGUUGCCGGAUCUUCAAAACGCAAAAGGAACUGAAGGUUCUUUUCAUCAAACAAGGGGGAAAGUAUGUGAAAACAUUUGUUUUGAUGAAAACACCUUCUUGUUUAAACAUUGCUUGAUUGGUUUAAACAUUGCUUAAGUAUGCCUUAAUUGCGCUUAUUAUGCUUGAUUAUGCUUAUCUCAAGUAUGAUUCUUAUCUCAAGUAUGAUUUUGUCUUAAUUUUUUUUUCUUCUAAAGCGCAUAUAUUCAGGGGGAAUGUAUCUCAGGGGGAACUUAACUAGUUUUGGCUAACAAUUGUUUUUGGCAAUGAAUUAUCGAUAAGCUCAAAGAAAUGGAAGACGGAUAU